AUGAGAGCCUCUUUUCUGAUUAGUCGAAAGCAGCCCUGGAUGGGGCAGCUGCUGCUCAUGGCCAGGAACAAGGCCCUGACGCUCCUGCUAAAGCUAUAUAGGCGGACUCCCAUCUUCAGACCGCGACACCUGCCAGGAAGGAAUCGAACCCAGAGUGGUGGACUUAUCCGCGAUAGAACCAUCUUGCCCUCUGCCAAAAACACGAAUCUUUCCUGUCGUUUUUCCCAACUAACUAUGUUUGGCGGACUCGUGCAUCUGGAUGUGCUAAGAGAGGACGACUUCCUCAAUGAGGACAGCGAUGUGGAAUUGGAAGCGGACGGAGAAAUUCUUCUGGACAUGCACAGUCGGCGGAGACAGGGUAACUUCGAGUUGGCUCUAAUGGCGGGUGGACAACUGGACGUGGAUUCCGAGGAAGACGAGGAAUACGACGAGUGGGACUGCGAAGGAUGUGUGCGGUACGUGAAGUACGGGGAGUGCGAGGGGGGGAGUGAUCUCGUGCUUGAACGGAUCGGGCAGAAUCUGGAACAUCUUGCAGAUGCCUACAAGUCUUUCCACAAAGUAUUUCCACAAUGCGAAGCAACCUCCCCAUCCAAGCCGUGAAGCGUGGCAACGCCGCAAUGCCAACAAUAGGUACUCUCGUUUGGCGCCAAUACUAACGACAACAAUGUAAAACACUAGAGCACUCUGGGAGAGGGCACGUCAAGUGCAGAGAGAGAGUCCGAACUCGAGUCGGAAAGGGGGUAGGGGAGCCAGGGCGGUCGGAGAGUGUGCACAAAAAAAUUUGCCGGCAGCUUAGUUUUUUUACCGGUGCAAAAAGUCGAAUGCGAGCGAACGCUAAAAGCUUCCACUCUCCCUCCGAUUUAGAUUGAGAUUCCGAAUCAAAUUCACGUUGCCGUUCGCACUCAGAUUCCGAUUUCCAGUUCGACCUCCCCCCCCGGCACUACGGUACCUCAUUAGCGUCAUCACCAUCGCCAAGUCACACACGGCGUAUACAUAAUCCAAAUAAAAAGCAAACAUGAA